CUCGCUUCCUAUUGGGUCGCCUCGAGACUGUCGACACUUUUCUGGAGCUGAGUUGCUGCUCCUGGAGGCAUCAAUUCACCUCGCGAUCCUCGUGAAAACCUCUCCAACACUCAACGCCCAUGAUCGUUCUCCCCAGAAUUGAUGAUGUUACGGUAGCCUUCUUGCUGCUUGUCGAUUGACGUUCCCAACGACCAGCCGCAGGCGCCGGUCCCUCCUCCUCAGUCCGCACGCAAGAAAGACAACCGCCCAAUUAUCCACAACCCUUUCUCCAUGGCCGACCUCCCUCCCCUCUCGACCCAGAACACACGUGGCUCCGUCUCGUCCGUACCAAUGCACGAGGUCGACCCCUCGCCCGUCGACGAUGACGGUCCAGAAGGGCCCGAGUACGGCACCAACCCGGCCGAUAUCGACGCCUCCAAGCUGCCCGCUUCGUCUCACACCACAACCAACUGGCUGGGCCUGACACCUGCUCGAACGCUGCACAUAUUGUCAGCCGUGCAGAAGUACUCGGUCGUCCCCUUCUCAGCCUACCUGACGAUGCACUACACCAACACCGCCCUGGUCCCCCUCUUCACCCGCUCUGCGCGCGAGGCAGACAAAUACCUCCUCCUCACCCGUCCCUAUUACCAGUCUUUCCCGCUCGAACCCCUCCUGAUCUUCGUCCCCGUCGUCACCCACGUCGCGUCCGGUAUUGCCCUGCGGCUCUACCGUCGGCGCAUCACAGCCAGGAGGCAUGGAGCAGAGACGCUCUCCCAGCGCAGGAAGAUGAGGAGCAAGAUCCCCUGGCCAAAGUUCUCGUGGACCAGCGCCGCCGGGUACGCUCUGUAUCCAAUGUUCGUGGCCCACGUGUUAUCCAUGCGUAUCAUCCCCAAGAAGAUUGACGGGAGCUCCGCGUCCGUGGGACUUCGCUACUUUGCCCACGGCAUAGCACAAGAUCCUUACGUCGGAAUGGCAGGCUACACACUGUUCGUGUGCGUCGCAAGUUAUCACGUGGUGAGUGGUGCCGCGAAAUUCCUCAGGCUGAGUGCAGAGUAUAUCAUCGGGGGCGGGGACGAGGGUCAAAGACGGAGAAAAUGGAGAGGCAGGAUUGUCAACGGGGUUGCCGCAGCCCUGGCAAGCGCGUGGAUAGCUGGUGGGUUGGGCGUUGUGGGAACCUCAGGGCGAGGCACUGGGUGGGAGGCAAGCCACUGGGAUAAGAUAUAUAGGGCCAUGCCGGUGAUCGGUAGGUUGUUCUGAAACUCGGUACCAGGGUUCCGCAGGGGAGUUUUCCAGUGCCCUAGAUACAAACAAGACAGGGGUGUCUUAAAUCUGUACGCAGUAUAGGGAUAUCCAUAUAGUGGAUUUUGUAAAGAUAGUUCAACAACGCCGCCCACGACUGGUGGUCGAAGAGUUCGUUUCUCAUAUCGA